AUGCGUGUGUACGCCGUCGCGCUCCUGGGCACUGCUGCACUCCCGAUAUGCGUAUCGAGUUCGUUCGGCUUGAACGAGACUGUGGUCGACGUUUCGACCGGUGUCCGCACCAAUGUCGGUGUCCACAGCAGGGGCCCGGCCGAUCGUCCCGUGAAGGUGCGCUCUACCACGGACGAGGAAGACAAGAUGCCGCAAGACUUGGCCUCUUUCGUAUCUGUAGAACAACGUAACAUUCUACGACCAGAUAUGGUGUUGAAGAAAGUCAUGGGUAUAUUGCACGCCGAUCGCGACGUGUACAAACUUACAGAUGAAGCUGUUGGUCGCUUAAAACAGAUUGACGCGCAUGUCUUGCCGCAGAUUGUCGAGGAGGUGAUAGCUCGGUGCAAUGUUGCGGGAAUUGAGCUGCAAUAUACACAGGAGAGCACCCUUCUCAAUUUGAUUGUUGGUCACGCUCGUAAAUCUGCCGACAGUGAAAAGCACCUCGUGCAGACGAUCUUGAACGAGAAGAAGAGACAACCGCAAACGAUGUACGACCAAUUUUUACCCGAUUUGGAAGCCAAACAGGGACACGCUUUUGACGACCAAACACGUAGCGUGAAGAGCGAGCCGAUGCAGACUGGACAUGAGUCGCUGGAUUCAUUGUUGGUAGCCUUCGGUGGCGCCGCCGAACUCGCGCCUAUUUUGUCGAUCGCGAAGAAGAGUCAAGUCGUUGGGCAUAGAGCAGAGGAGUUGCAGCGUGUGAUGCUUAACAGUUGGCUGGGUUAUGGCGAUCCUGUUGAUGUGUUUAACUGGCUCAAGCUCUCGGAAUUGAGACGCAUCACAUACGAAGACCUGGAUACUUUUGCGCAAUACAUUGACCUUUAUAACGUUGUAUAUGGCAAGGAGGAGGAUAUGCUUUCGUUUUUACGAAGAAAGUUUACUGACGAGGUAACUCGCAAUGAUGAUACUGAGAGGGACGGGGACUUCUAA